AUGGAGACUGUUAACGCCAUGGCUUCUGCUGCCGCGAAGGCCGUCUGGGGAGACAGCAACGCGGCCAGCGAGCCCGUCUCUGGCAAGACCGGCAACACCUCUGCAGGCGAGCCAUAUGACGCUGGCAACCUUGACCAGACCGGAUCCACCACCGGUACCCCGGCUGCCAAGACCCCCCGCUCCGGCUCCGGCUCCACAGACCCGUCCGGGUCGGCCUCUGGCGAUGCCGCCUUUGCGAAGAACACAGGCACUGCCGCCACCGCUGACGACACACCCGAGAAUCCCUCUACACAGCAGAAGCUUAAAGACAGCGACGCCUCCAAGGGUCAGCAAGACACUCGCGAUCCAGAGAACCCCCUGACGAACCCAAAGUCGGCCCCGACAGAAGUAAAUGAGCACGGCAACCAGGAGGAUGGUGCCAACGAGGACAUCAAGCUUGACGGCCCAGGUCCCAAGCCCCUCGAGGAGGUGGCCCGCGAGCACGGUGGUGACGCCGGCGCGGCCAAGGAGCGCAAGGGCUCCCUCGUCCCUCCCCGUGACCCCAACGACACUAGCGAGGGUCCAAAGACCGACGCGAACAAGAACGAGGAUAAGGGUGAUGGAACGCAAUACGUCAAGAGCAGCGGCCUGAAGGCCGACGGCGGUGACUUUGAUGCUACAGCCCCAGGUGCCGGACGUGAAGCCGACCGCCUCAUGGAGGAGAAGGGUAUGCACCCAAAUGCGGACACAAAGGAUAAGUCCAGCGGACCCACGUCCACCAGUCACGAUGAUGGUGAGACCAAGGAGAAGAAGAAACUCACACAGCGAAUCAAGGAGAAGCUCCACUCCCACUAG